AUAGUCGUUAGAGUAACUCGUAAAUUGACAAGCGACAAAAGUUACAGUGACAAAAUAAUAUAAAUUGUCAGUGAAAAAAAUCCAUCUGUUUUUUAUUCCUCAAAUCGAGAGGAAUAAAAUCUUGCAAUUAUUCGAUAACCAAUUAAUAAAUUAAUUGUACACGGAAAUCUACUUUCGGAGAAAGCCAAAAAAUAAUUAUGAAUAAUAACAGACAGUCGUCCAUCGAUAAUUCUUACGAAUAUCUUGCAGUACCAGGGACUUCGAAACAACAACCAGAAAAUGAAAUUUAUGUCAGUGGGAAUAGUUAUGUUGAAGAUAAAAAUAAUACUUUGAAUGCGCCGGUUGUCAAAUCUACGUGGAUAUCCACUUCCGGAGAAAGCCAAAAAAUAAUUAUUAACAAUAACAGACAGUCGCCCAUCGAUAAUUCUUACGGAUAUCUUGCAGUACCAGGGACUUCGAAACAACAACCAGAAAAUAAAGUUUAUGUCAGUGGAAACAAUUAUGUUGAAGGUCAAAAUAAUACUUUGAAAGCUCCGCUUGUCAAAGAACAACAACCACUGCAGCAGCAACAAGGUCAAUAUGAGUAUAAAGAAAUACAAGAAUAUACAGAACAAUUAUUGAAGCUAAAACAAGAAUUAAAUAAUGAAAUCACAAAAAAUCCAAUUUUAUGGUGUAACGUUUGCAGUUAUUAUUCAAGUCACUGUCAAAAGAUUCUCACUAGUGUUUCUUCAGAUCUUGAAUAUCUUGCAACAAUUCAAAAUAUCAAUGAGAUUCACAACAAUUUUGUUAGCAAAAGAAAAACUCGUCUAUUAGAACGAUUGAAGAUAGCUUCACAAAUUUUCGUUAUAUUGAACAAGGCUUACAAUAAAAUUGAUCGUUAUUGUAAACAAUAUGAUGUUGAUUAUCACUAUUAUUGUAUGAAUUACUUAUCGGUUUCUGUAAAUUAUAACUAUAAUAUUAAAUACAAUAAAAAAAAACUGUCAAAAGCGUUUAUAAACUCAAUUUGGCAUCGUCGUCAAUUGAUAAAGAAAGUCAAAGAUAAAAGUGAAGAAAUGAAAAAAAUGAUGGACGUUCUAAGGCAGACUAUAUCAAAAAUGGAUACCAUGCUCGCAAAGCCACAAGAAAAUUCGAACUAGAAUUUAAUUAAGAUUUUCUUAUUAUAUUAUAAUUUUUUUGAAAUUAUUUUAUUUCGUAUUUUACAAGUCUACUAUAAACAGAUCUACCAAUAAAUAUC